GACAUACGACGUGUCCUCCGAUCGUUGGAUAUGUUUUUUCCCUCUGAUUGCCAUCGUCUGGGAUUGGGGGUGUUAAAAAUGAAGGCGACGAACGUACAAACUUCCCGGGGACCAUCGGUAGUUGAAGAAAUAGCCGUGUGUGGUAUUUUCAUUCCCUUUGUCGUUGCCCUUUGUCGUUGUUACGUUGGAGUACUACCAGUACGUACCGUACGUACUGAACUCGUACGAUUUCAAGGAAUUUUUUGCAAGAAUCAUCGUCAUCGUCGUUGCAACAGAAGUUCGAAAAACUACGAUGGUAAUGUUCUACGGUAUGUUCUAUGSUCACGUUCUUUUUCUUUCUCUGUAGUAACGGUAAUUUGGGAACGACGAAAACGAAUAGGAGGACACCUCUUGUGAAGAUUCGUUCUUUCCUAGGGAUUCAUUAUCUCUCAGAGAGCCGGCUGCGACACACGCAACCUAAGGUCACGAUCCUUUGCAAUGCAACACAGGAUUCAAAUGUAUUAAURCAAGAUAAUAAAAAUACCAUAGAAGCUGGGCAACGCGCGCACGGUACCAAGCGACAACAUUGCAAUGGCGAGAGUGACCAUGGCAACCGCAUGUGAUUCUUGCAAGAAUCUACACUCCUUUCCGGGCUCGUGUCUGGGACCAACCGCUAGCAAGAGGCGGCGGAGACGAUUGCUCUCGGAAACAGCAGCGAARCAAUCGAAUGCAAAGGGGAAKGGARACCAUCGCCUGUCCAGAAUUAUUGUGGGGUCGAUUCUUCUUCUGUCUUGCCAGCAGCAACCUAACAGUGCGUCCGCCCUAUUCCUCYUGCCACUGCCGGGGCGUUCCCUCGUCUCAUCCCUGCUAUCGAGAAGCCAGAACAGUAACCACAACCGCAAACGAAUGCUGCAAAUAUCCGAAGAUUAUCAGAACGAUGCCGAUGCCGCUGAUACAAGCGAAACAAUCAAUGCCUAUUUGAACAAAACGGUUGGUAGCCCAACAACUACGAUACAGAUACAAACGCCAUCCUCGGCAUCGUCGCCACCCUCCACCUCRAGAGAGRAUGAAUCAUCWUUGGGSMYUGAAGCAAAAACGGAUUGGAGCGGGACCUCCACACAGCUAGUCAAUCCUCCCGUGGGYACCAUCACCGUAAGGAAGAAGCCGGCGACCAGCGAGAGAGACCGUCUCAUUUCGGAGGCGGCGAAACUGAGGCAGUCCAUCGUUCAGCAGCAAAACGAAUUGAUCACACUCGAACGACGGAUCGAGUGCUGCACGGCCGACGGGAAAGAGUCCCCGRUKACGAGCAACAGCAACAUUGUGAUUAGCGGAAUUUCCUAUUCGCUGUACUCGUCGGCGUCCAUAGCGACCAACCUCGCCUCCGGACUCGUCCGGACCUUCCAGGCAUCUUCGAGGGUGUUUCUCCGCAAGAUCGAUCGGGUCCAGAAGCGGGUCGGUCCGAACAAUCAGCAGUGGGAGGGCCGGGUCGGUGCCUACCUCUUUUACGAAUUCCUGUCGGGGCUGCGGAUCGCCUCCAAGCUGGCGAAAGAGCCCCGGCAGAUCCAGCAACUGGUCUCGGAUCCGCGGACGCCGACGCUCGUGCCGCACGCCCCGGCGAUCCUGGCGCGGCUGGAUCGGUUGGAGACCCACGUGAGGCCCAUCAUCGAGUCGGUGCUGAACGACCGGCAGCACCUGGCCAGCAUCGAGCCGUACCUCGACGAAAUCCUGGAGCGCUUUGACGACAUCGAGCCGCACCUGCCGUGGAUUCUGGACAACAUCGACGCACUGGCGCCGUACACGGGGCUCCUCCUGAAACACAUAGACGCGCUCCUGUUGUUUGCACAGGGCGACGAGUGGGAAGAGAGCAAUUCGAAUUCGUCGUAUUCCCUCGCCAACCAGCUCUUGCCCUACCUCGAGUACUAUGUUUCGAAGCUCGACGUCAUUGGCCCCCACCUCGUCUUGUUGAGACCGCACGUUCCCCUCCUGCUCAAGCACAACCGCAUCGCMAAGGUYAGUCCGCACAUCGAAAAGCUUUUUGCGCGGGGCUACGGGACCCGGCUGGCCGCCAGCGCCAACAUGGACGUUUUGCUGUUUUGGUUCGGGUGGACGCUUCGGAUCCCCUUUUUGCCCGGAAUCUUUUUUGCGCUCCCGUGGUCGCCGACCAUUGUGGACUUUCUGGCAAACCGGUUGCCGAAAAAGUUUGCACGAAAGGGCAAGGCCUACUGCCGCAAUCUGGAGUGUGCGAUCGACGACGACUACGGUGGGGCCUGGAACCAGCUCGAAAAAGAAUGAACCGACAGAGACCCACAAACCACACGCUAGACACAAUGGACUAUYAACACUAUAAUACUACUAUUGCCUUGAUGAAUUUUAUCA